GCCUGUAGUUGGGUCCUGCACAGCAGCCCGUGCGAGGUUGUCCUGGAGACCCCGCGCUGCCUGCACCUCUAUCGUCUCGGUUGUCAUGGAUGAUGAAGACGGCAGGUGCCUUCUCGAUGUAAUUUGUGACCCAGAAGCUCUCAAUGACUUUCUUCAUGGAUCUGAGACCCAUUUGGACACUGACGACCUUUUGGAUGGUGCGAGUGACCCCUCCAGCUCGUUCUUCUCUACCACUGGGGGCCAUGUUCCAGAGGUCCAGCCCUCAGCCCAGCUGUCGGCCAGUGAACCGGCAGGCCUGCCCAGAGUCAGUGUCGACCUGGACUUCCUCGAGGAUGAAGACAUUUUGGGUGGAUCCCCAGGUGGUGAUGGUGGAAGCAAUGGCAUUGGGACAAAUCAUGAACCAUGUGACAUCCUGCAACAGAGCUUGGCAGAAGCCAAUAUCACAGAGCAAAGCUUACAGGAGGCAGAGGCUGAGCUGGACCUGGGCUCCUUUGAAAUUCCAGGCCUUACACAGGUGGUUCAGACGCUACCUGAUGCCAGCCUCUCUGGGGCUGGAGGAACUGCUGUUGGUGUAGGCUUAGGUGUUGGUGUUGGGGGAGCAACGGCAAUUUUCCCUGGGUCAGCCACAAGCGCCACUGCUACUCCCCCCAAUGCCACAGCUGACAUGCUGGGGUCAGUUCUUGCUCAACAGGGCCUUCAGCUCCAAUCCCAGGUCAUGAACAAGGCAAUUAGUGUUCAGCCAUUUAUGCAGCCUGUGGGCUUGGGAAAUGUGACACUUCAACCCAUUUCAAGUCUCCAAGCUCUUCCUAAUGGGAGUCAGUCUGGACAUCUGGGUAUCGGACAAAUUCAGGUUGUGGGUCAGCCCACAGUCAUGACUAUCAAUCAGUCUGGACAACCAAUCCUGGCUAAAGCCAUGGGUGGAUACCAGCUACAUCAGUCUGGGCCAGAGGUAUCAGGUUCUGGUACUCAGCCGGGGAUUGGAGGCUCAGGAGGCGGACUUCUGAUCCAAGGUAAUAAAGCCACUUUAGGAUCUCCUGCUUUAAAUGGACCAGCCGUUUGUGUCAGCAGCACAAUCAGCAGCGGUGGUGGUACAAUGACUGCUCCUGCUGGGCUCUUGGGUUUUGGCAGCAACACCAUUAGUUCAGGAAUUGGACCCCAGCAGACUCAAACACAAGGCCAAAUCAUGCAGAAUGUGAUUAUACAACGCACACCAACACCCAUUCAACCUAAACCCCCUCAGGGGGGAGCCAUCCAACCGAAACUCUUCAAGCAGCAGCAGCAGCCACAGCAGCAGCCACAGCAAGCACCCCAACCCCUGCAAAACGAUGCCCACAAGGCUCUAGGGCUGCAGCAGCUACCAGUUUCUGCUGCUCAGAAUGUAGCGUUCCUGACGGGAAAGCCUGGCUCUAACGUUGUCCUAAGUACUCAAGCCACAACACAAGGCACCCAGUUUCAACAAACGCUAUUCAAGCAACAAGCAGCACAAGCAUCCGGCAAGCCCCUUAGUGUACACUUGUUAAACCAACCAGGUAGCAUCGUUAUUCCCCCUCAGACUGUCCUGCAAGGUCAAAAUCAUCAGUUCCUCCUGCCACAGCUUCAGGCAGGUGGCCAGAUUCUGACUCAGCACCCUGGGGGCCACAUCAUAACUAGCCAAGGUCCUGGUGGGCAGCUCAUUGCAAACCAGAUUUUAACAGCAAACCAGAACAUCAACUUAGGUCAGGUGUUGACUUCACAGGGCCACCCUGCCCACAUCCUCUCUGGACCCAUACAGCUCCAGCCUGGCCAGAUGGGCACACCCACCCUCUUUCAGAUGCCUGUCACAUUAGCCCAGAGUCCAAGCCUGGCACAGACACACACUGUCUCAGGUCAUGCCCAGACAGUCAUACAAGGCAUGCCAAUCCAGAACUCCUUGACCAUGCUGAGCCAGGUGGAGGGACUUAGCCCAGCAGUCACACUUCAGCCAGCCCUGCAACCUCAGCCAGGUGGGGUCCCCAACAGCAGCAGCAGCACUGGUGCAGCAUCUAUGGGUCAAGGCCAGACUGGAGAGUGUGUGACUGUGCUGGGAAGCUCCACAGACCAGGCUGCUCAUCCCACUCAGCAGCAUGUUCCACAGCAGUCCCCCAUCCUCACAAUGCAGCCAGCUUCCUCUGUGUCCACGACGAUCACAGUACCCUCCUCUUCUCCGUCCAUGUCGGUGUCCACCAGUUCGCCUGUCACAGCAGUGGGGCUGGUCCCCCAUCAGGCUCAGCACAGUCCAGGAAGGUUACUGCUCACCAACCAGGGCUCCAGCAUGAUCUUGAGCCAGGAGUCUCUGCAAAUGUUUCUGCAACAGGAGCAGCACCACCAAACAGAGAAUGAGUCAACCCCCUCUGUGGGCGUACCAGCGUCUGUAAUCGUCAGCAGCAACAACAUCACUGCUCUGGCCCCCGCUGUCCAUGACAGUCAAUUAGCUGACUCUUGGGUGGGUCAGAGCCACAGCCCUUGCCCUGGCCCCUCCCACAUGACAGCAGUGGUAAAGCAGAUACCCUCCGGUGGACAUCAGCAGCCCCUGAAGAUCCAGGGUAUGUCCCCAUCAACGGCCUUGUCCACAGCUCCCCCUGUGGCAGACAGACCACAACCUUCCCAGUCCCCUCUGACUCUGAGCCAGCAGAUCCAGUCUCCACACCAUCAACAGCAGUCACGUCCUACUUCUCAGCCUCAGCCACAGUCCCAAACUCCUUCUCGCUCCUGUACGCCCUCAUCUCACCCUCCACUCUUUAUUGUUCAUAACCAGAUUACAGAGUCUCCCCAACCAGUUCCACAAGGCCAGCCGCAGCAAACACAGCUUCAGCAGGCGCACAUUCAAGUGCAGCUUCAGACUCAGCCACGGCCACCCUCUCAGCCUGCCCCUUAUCAACAAGAUAUGCCCCCUAUGUCACAGUCACCCAAGCCUCCUCCUGCACCACCCGCACAACAUCAGUUUACUUCGCCUCCUGUUAGCACUGCUGCUACUGCUGUAGUGAAAGCCCAGGUUCCCAUUCAGGGCCUGACAACAGAGCAGCAGCACCACCUUCACUUAGUAGGAGCGCAGAUUCAGACCUUGUCAGGCAUCGCUCAGCCCUCACCUCAGCAGAAACAGUUACUGGAUAAACUGCACCAGGUCCAGCAGAAUAUCCUCCUGCAGGUCAAGCAGACUGCACAACCCCAGGCUCAAGCUCCCAGUCAGUUCAGUUCUCAGCAAGACGUGCCUGUCGAUAAAGUCGUGCUUGCAUCAACACCCAGCACUGGAACUCCUGCUCAACUCCCUUCUGUGCUGCAGUCGACACCAGUGCUCGUAAAAACUCCUGCUACAGCAUCAAGUGACUUAAAGGUAUUCUCAGGAGCCCAAGGGCCAGCUGGAGCAAUGGUGAAUCAGACUGUCACUCCUGCAAGCCUUACCCAGCCUGCACAGGUUCAGCCAAAGCCAGGAGUGAUCAGCUCAGUUGGAGGGAUGACUCUGGGGAAAGGUGGGUUGCAGAUACAAGUGUUAGGAGCUAGUCUGACUCAAAUGCCUGCUCCACAGCCCCAAGCUCCAGCACAAACUCAGACGACGACAACAACAACAAUAAAGAUGCCUUUCAGUGCAGAGCCCAGCAAAGAAGCCAAGAUUCUAGAACAGGUGAGGAAACAGCAGGGUUCGGUUCUUCACCCAAACUACAGUGCACCUUUCCACUCUUUUGACGACACGCUGCACAGACUGCUGCCUUACCACCUCUACCAGGGAACUGCCAUCUCUUCUCAAGACUAUCAAAAAGUGGAUGAUGAAUUUGAGAGAGUCUCCUGUCAGCUGCUGAAAAGGACCCAGGCUAUGCUGGAUAAAUAUCGCUACCUGCUCUUUGCUGAGUCAAAAGCCUUUAAACCUGAGCAGAGACUGGGCCCCUCAGCAGAGAUGGUGAUGAUUGACCGAAUGUUCAUUCAGGAGGAGAAGGUUGCAUUGAAUCAGGACCGGAUUCUGGCCAAGGAAAGACCAGAGGAGUUCGUAGCAAACGCUCGCUUGUUGGAGAGAGUAGUUUCAUCCCAAGAGAAGUCCUCUUCUGCUGAGCAAACCUCAGGGAGUGGAGCUGUACCUGCUGCUGACGCCCCCACUCCUGCACCUGCUGCUCCGGCCACAGUCCCUCCUCCAAACAUCACACACAAACCUCCUGCUGCACCUACCGCAGCUCCAACUCCUGCUCCAGUGUCUGCGCCACCUUCUGCUCCAGUGUCUGCUCCACCUUCUGCUCCAGCUUCUGCUCCAGCUUCUGCUCCAGCUUCUGCUCCAGUUUCUGCUCCAGUUCCUGCUCCUCCUGCCACCACCUCUGUCACCCCAUUCCCUCCUACUAAACUGGUAAUAAAGCAAGGUGGAGGUGGAGCCUCUGUGUCAUGGUCGAGCAGCUGUCCACCACCUCCAGCUGCAGGCGCGAGCAAACUGGUGGCUGAACCCACCAGCCACAGCUCGUCCAUCAGUCGCACGCCAGCAGCCUCCUCCUCUUUCUCAUCCUCGUCCUUCAACUCUCAAGCGGCUGAUGAUGACGAUGCUCUCCCGCAGAGAACCAGCAAACCGCCGAUCAAGACCUACGAGGCUCGCAGGAGAAUUGGCUUGAAGCUGAAGAUCAAGCAGGACCAAACUGGUUUUAGUAAGGUGGUCCAUAACACGGCCUUAGACCCAGUGCACACACCUCAACCUCAGCUGAGCAGCCAGUCCACAUCCCAGCCUCAGCCUGCUCUACCACAUCCAAAGUCUGUUCUUUUAUCUACUCCUUCUACUACAGUCAUCAGAACUCAGUCCCCCAUAUGCACUGCUUCCUCUGAAUCACCAGUCUCAAUAACGACCCCUCAGUGUAACCCAACACUGAGAGGUAAUUUCCCUCCCAACACAGCCCCAUCUUCCUCUACCUCUUCUUCUCAUACUUGGUCGUCAUCCUCCUCCUCGUCCACUCAAAUGAAUGGGACUGUGGAUCAUCACGAAGUAGGAGGGAUCAAACAUAACCCCGCCUCCACUGCCAAUCCCUCACCGACGACCUGUCGCCUUCCCCUUCGAAAAACAUACCGGGAAAACAUUAGUCCCCGGGUCAGACCUGGUGUUCCUGGGGGAGGAGACGAGAAUCUUUCCUACCCCAGACCCACACCAUCUCCCCCCAGGCACGAGGCCUCAUCUCCUCCCUCAGAGCGGACAGUGAUAGCCAGUGUGAAGGUGGAGAAAAGAGGCAGGGAGGCCUCACACACGCUCACGGAGUUGGGCCAUGAAAGGAGUCGUUUAGGGAGUGCAAUGCAGGGGCUGAACGAAGUGGACGAAGUGUUCAACCGUGGGAUAAAACCCACACACCAUCACCUCCCACACCUCCUGGAAAAGGAAGUGGCAAAGGAGAGAGUGGAGGAAAACAAAGACCAAGAGACUGAUGUAAGUAAGUACAAGCGGGCAGGGGGGAAAAAUAGACACAGAGUAGGUGGGACAUUCAGAAUGGACCAGCAUGCCCCUGGGCCUCCCUCCCCAGAGUCCACUUUCACACGAGACUCUUUACUUCCUGCCAAACGUUGCAAAUCAGACUCUCCCGACAUGGAUAACGCCAGCUUCUCCAGCGGCAGUCCCCCGGAUGACUCUCUGAACGAGCACCUGCAGUGUGCCAUCGACAGCAUCCUGAACCUGCAGCAGGAGCCCGCUGCCCAUGGGCACCACAUCAAAGGGGGCAACAGGUCCCACCAACACCAAAGCCAGCGCCCAGGGGGCUCGGCAGCUUCGUCUCACAGACCCUCGGUCCCACCCCCCUCCUCUGCUUCCUCGUCCCCCUCCCUGGCCCAGCACCCUCAGGUCGGUGGUCGUGGCCACAACGGCAGCCUGGUACCCCAGACUCAAAGUAGAUAACAGCCCCUCAGCCCCAGGCCGGACUAACGAGUGGGAACUAAGAGACAGACUUGGAGGCAGGGAAAGGGGGGGUCACUGUGAAAACAGUAUCACUGUACUACUCUGCCAAGCUGUGUUGGCUUUGUUUGUCCAUUUGAAUUGUCCUGACAUUUCUUUGUCAUUUACAGUCUGAGGUAGACCCGCGGUGGAAGAAGCGUGUGUGCGAUCUAAGGUAAAAAAAGAAAAAAACACGGUUGUGACCCGUCAAGUUUGCGAAACAAGAUAAAAUUAUCAGAGGUUGCUGUUCUCAAUUCAUACAUUCCUUUCAUGUGGCAUGAGCACCAGUUCAUCUCAUCUGAACAGUGUCCAAGUGAGCAUCAGGUUGUUUUAGCAGUCGACUGCCUUAUUUGUUUACCUGCAGCUGAGAGAAUAUAAUCAGAUUUGUACUCUUAUCAAGAGAGAGUCCUCAAACAAUAAAUAAACUCAAGCUUGGUUACACCACUCACAAGGCAACUGCUUUGUUUCAGCUGGCAUAAUCAAGUCGCCCCAUCAUCCAUUUUUACCAAUAAUUAAUGUAGACAUCACAUUAGAUAAAAGGUUGUCGAUGACAUAAUUUACAAAAAUUGUGAAGUUGUUUUCCUGUUCACUGCUCGUGGAUUCUGUGUCAAGAUGUAAAGAACAUGUAAGGAAAUUCAGUUUAGUUACUGCUUUUAAUGUCUGAUGAUUUUCCAAGGUCUUGAUUUCCGACGCAUCCACACACACACCUGCCCUUCUGUAACUUGUGAUGCCAGUUUAGGACUUUAUGCAUUUUAGUCAGCAGGGGGCAGGCCAGUUUUAACUGUUAAUUUUUCUCUAGUCUCAAGUCUGUUUGUUUCAUAUUUCUGCAACUGUGCCCCUGCCUCCUGUGAGUGAGUGUGUGUGUAUGUGUGUAUGUGUUUGUGUGUUUUUUAAAGCCUGGUGGACAAUUUAAACCCAAACACAGCACAAGCAUUGAAAUGGAAAAAAAAGGAACAAUAAUAUUGUACAAAAAGACGGUGAGAGAAUUUGAAGUAUAGUAUUACAGAUUAAUUUUGUAUUGUAUUUAUUGUGUAUAAUGACACUUUUUAAGAAAUGUACAUUUAGUAAAACUGUAAAUUAAACCUUGCUUCUUUUAUGAAACAUA